AUGGCUAUAAAGCUCCGGCCUUUAUCUUUUUCCAAGGGAUUCCCCAUCUGGGUUUCUUCAACUGCUUACCUUUCUUCAAUCUCAUGCGCUAAAACCAUUGAACUCCACCCAGAAAACAAUCCAGACCCACCGAAUUUAUCUGAAUUUGAGCAAAAUAUUCAGUCUUUGAAGACCAAGCUUGUUCCUGAUAACUUGGCCCGGGUUUUGGAUAACACUGAUGAUUUGAGCUCGGCAGUGAAGCUCUUCAAAUGGGCUUCACUCCAGAAACGGUUUACCCACACCGCCGAAACGUAUUUUAAGAUAGUUCUGAAGCUGGGUUUGGCUGGAAAUGUUAAGGAAAUGGAAGGGUUUUGUCAUCAUAUGGUCAAAGAUAGAUGUCCUGGUGUUGGAGAAGCUCUUUUGGAAUUGAUUGAUGUGUUUGUUAGGCAUGGCAGGGUGAGUGAGGCAGUUAGGGUGCUUGUGAAUAUGACAGCAGGUGGAUAUAGGGUGUCAGUUGAGACAUUUAAUGUAAUAUUGGGUGCUCUUGUGAAGGAGAAGAGGGAUUUUCGAGACAUGGUGCUUGUUUAUAAGGAGAUGGUGAAGGCAGGGGUGUUACCGACUGUUGAGACCUUGAAUUAUUUGAUACAGGGUUUGUUGGAGAGUGAUCGGUUUGAGUCGGCUUUGGAUCAGUAUAGGAGGAUGAGAAAGAAGGGGUGUAGUCCUAAUAGUAGAACAUUUGAGAUAAUCAUACAGGCCCUUUUUGCAAAGGAUCGCAUGGAUGAAGCUGUUAUUGUUUUAAGUGAAAUGUUUGUACUUGAUUAUCAGCUUGAUUUGAGUUUUUAUACUUGCAUAAUACCUUUGUUAUGUAGAGAAAAUAAACCAGCAGAGGGAAUCAGAUUGUUCAAGAUGAUGCGAGCUUCAGAUGUUAUGCCGGAUUCACGGAUUUAUGGGGUUCUAUUACAGUGUUUAUGCAAAAACCUAUACUUAGAUGAUUCGAUAAAGGUUCUAGAAGACAUGAUAGAAACUGGAUUGACACCACCCAGUCAUGUGUUUGUGGAUGUAAUGAAUGUCUUCUGUACAUUGGGAAAGAUAGAUGAUGCUCUGAAGUUCUUGGAAGAUAAGCAUAUCCUUGAAACUUCUGCCUAUAAUGUGUUGCUUGAAGGUUGCUGCAAUACUGGUAAAAUUACCAUAGCAAAAGAUCUACUUGUGAAAAUGUCGGAAAGAAACCUAGCUGAUUGUAAUUCUUGGAAUAUUCUCAUCAGAUGGCUCUGUGAGAACGCAAGGAUUAGGGAAGUGUUUGAACUUCUUGGUAGAAUGGUGGUGUCAUUUUCUAUUCCUGAUUGUGCUACAUACUCGGCUCUUGUUGUUGGCAACUGCAGAAUCAGUAAUUACAGAAAAGCUCUUGAUAUAUUUCAACAUGUUCGUGCCAAAUACUGGCUUUUGGAUCCUACAUCUUACUCUGAGCUUGUCAAAGGCCUUUGCCUGGAGGAAAUGGCUCGCGAGGCGGCUGAUGUGUUCUAUUACAUGUCUAGUAAUGGAUGCUCUCUCCAGUCUUCCUCCUUCAAUAUGUUGAUCAAGGGUAUUUGUGAGACAGGAAAGGAUUAUCAAGAUUAG